UAAUUAUAUAAUAGUUUUUUUUGUUUUAUUAUUAGCAAUGUAUUUUGAAUUAUAAUGGCAGAUAUUUGGUUAUCUAAUGAAAGUUUUGAAUAUGUAGAUGAAAAGAAUUUUUACGAAUGUGUGAGGCAAUAUAUUAUAUCUUUGUUAACAUUUAUUUGCCUAUAUUUUUCUUCAUACCUGCUUAUCAAUCAUCUUAAGAAAAAGAGUCGAGAAGAAGAGUAUGAAGAUGAUUUUGUGUGUAGAGUUGCGGUUUGGCUAUGUUGCUUUACAAUGGCUGUUUCUAUUGGUGCAGUUCUGUUGCUGCCCUUUUCAAUAUUCAGCAAUGAGAUUCUUUUAUACUACCCUAAUAGCUACUAUGUAAUUUGGUUAAAUGAGUCUUUAAUACAUGCAUUGUGGAAUCAAAUCUUUUUGGGGACAUAUAUUGCUAUGUUUUUAGCAAUGCCAUUUGCUUGGUUUUUUACUGAAUCAGAAGGAUUUUCUGGAUCAAAGAAGGGAAUUCGUGCUCGUGUUCAUGAGACAUUUGUUGUACUUUUGUUAUUGCUUGUUUUGGCUUCGACACUUGUUUGGGUUUUUACUGCAUAUUUUAUGAAUAAAGAAAUGAGCUGGAUUUCUAGUCUUUCUGAGAUGUGGAUUCCUCCUUUACCACUGAUGUAUUCAUUUAUUUCACUUUUUGGCGCAUUGGUUUUAUUAAUAUGUACACCAUUGGGCUUCACAAAAUUAUUCACUGUACUAGGUACAUAUAUCAUAGUGCCAAAGUUUUUUGUUGAUCUGGACGAUCAAAUUCAUGCUUUACAUUUGGAAGAAAAUAAUAUAAGAAGAAAGUUGAGUAGCCCUAUUAAUAAUUUAUCAAAUGGAAAUAAUGGAAUUUACCUUCAGCAAAAUGGUGAAGCAUACAAAAAAAAAUCUGAGAUUCAAGAUGUGAUUUAUGAAAGAAUAAAACUUGAAAAAGAACGUGAUUCUUCUAUGUUUGAAAAAAAUUUACUAUAUCCUUUGUGUCUCAUUGGCCUGUUAGCUGUAACUGCUGUCUGUUUGUUGAUGGUAGCUUUAAACUGCUUUAAGUUGGUGUUUGGUACUGAGUCUCAUCCACUCAUGCAUAAGUAUCCAUUGGGAACAAUAUCAAUUUCUAAGUUGGGAUGGUUUGGUAUUUUACUUCAAAUUUUCCUUAUAUUUUACAUAAUGGCAGCUUCUAUAGUUGGAUUUUAUAGUUCGCCUCUUUUUAUGCACCUCACACCUAAGAAGAACAACACAAGUAUGACAAAGUUAAUUUUAAAUUGCAUUAUUUUGUUGGUGAUGAGUUCUGCUCUACCUGUUUUAUCUCGAACACUUGGGAUUACAUCAUUCAAUCUUAUGGGUGAGUUUGGUCGUCUGGACUGGUUAGGUAACUUUGAAUUGGUUCUGUUUUAUAAUGUUCUUUUUGAGGCUUCGACUUCUUUUUGCAUAAUCAACAAGUUUACAAAAUCCGUUCGCAGUGCAUUGUACGUUCAUUUUAAACACACUGCAUUGUUUAGGACUUCUUGGAUGAAAACAGCAUAGUUUCAAUAUAUUAAUCAUGCAAUUUUUGAUUUUUUUGAAAUUUAUUUUAUUUAAAUGCCUAAAUUUGCUGGCUAUAUAUAUUUUUGUGUCUAAGUUUUCUUACGAUCAAAAAAUCUCUUUAGAGCUAAUGUUUUAUAUAUUAUUUAUGAAACCGUUUUUAAAUAUAAUCGUUUAUAAUGUAUUUGUUUAAAAUUUCAUCGUUCACUUUCAUUCAGUUUUAGUUCUUGAAUAUAACUCGAAAGUUAGAUUUUAAAAAAGAAAAAUUUGCUUUAAUUUUGUAUAAUUUUUUUUUAUUUUCAAAAUUUUUGACAAAUUAUUUAUUGUACGGUUUUUAGAAUUUCAAGCUUUUUUUCAAUACGUUUUGUAUACGAGUUCAGCUCUUUAAAAUAAAGUUUUUAAAACUGUUCUGUAUUUAUAUUCAAACCUUCUAAGGUUCUUUGAUAACUAAUAACUUAA